ACCCAUUAUUAUCUUCUUCCUUUUUGUCGCAAUGAAUCUUUACCCAUUAUUAUCUUAUUCAUUGCGACUCCAAACUCUUUAACUCAACUGUGUACAUACUACGUUUUGUGCCCAACACAUACAGUACAAAACUCAAAAAGAAUUCAACUUUUGAUCAUUGACCUCACAACAAAGCAUAUCUCUCUUCUUUUUCCUUGUUCGGUAGUCAAAAGCGCCAAAAUUUGAUCUUUCCACAUAUUAUAUCUCUGGGUUUCAUUUCUCUCUUAUUCUGUUUUAGAUAUUCCAAGUUAUGGCCUCUGAUCCUGAGCAGCCCGCUCUCACUUCUAUUGGAAAGUCUUCGGGUGAGAUUGGAAAUGAAAAUGAGCCUCUUCUCAGUAGGGUUCAACAUUCAGAUAACUAUUCUGUUGUUGCUGCUAUCCUCCCAUUUCUAUUCCCAGCUCUAGGUGGGCUGCUCUAUGGAUAUGAUAUCGGUGCCACUUCUUGUGCUACAAUUUCUGUACAGUCAGCCACAUCAAGCGGAGUAUCAUGGUAUGAUUUGUCUUCUGUGGAUGUUGGUCUCAUAACCAGUGGCUCAUUGUACGGUGCCUUGCUUGGCUCUCUGUUGGCUUUUAAUGUUGCUGAUUUCCUAGGGCGAAGGAAGGAGUUGAUUUUAUCAGCUUUGUUCUAUCUCAUUGGAGCUAUAAUUACUGCAGUGUCGCCUAACUUGCCCGUCAUGGUCGUUGGCCGUGUUAUAUUUGGUAUAGGAAUCGGACUGGCAAUGCAUGCUGCUCCAAUGUACAUUGCUGAAACAGCUCCAUGUCAGAUACGAGGUCAACUGAUCUCUCUUAAAGAGUUCUUUAUAGUACUUGGAAUGGUUGCAGGUUAUGGAAUUGGAAGCCUUCUUGUUGAUGUGCUUGCUGGUUGGCGCUACAUUUACUCUGCUAGUGUUCCAUUGGCAAUUGUUAUGGGAAUUGGAAUGUGCUGGCUAUCCGAAUCACCUAGGUGGAUUCUUCUGCGUGCCAUACAGGGGAAAGGAAAUAUGCAGGAUUUAAAAGAGAAUGCAAUACUUUGUUUGCGCCGGCUUAGAGGUCCAGCCUUUCAAGACUGUGCUCCUGCAGAAGUGGAUGAGAUGUUGGCUGAGCUUUCUUUUGUUGGUGAAGAGAAAGAGGGUUCAAUAAGGGAACUUUUUAGAGGAAAAUGCUUAAAAGCCCUUGUAAUUGGUACAGGAUUAGUCUUGUUCCAACAGAUCACCGGGCAACCAAGUGUUCUAUACUAUGCUGCUUCUAUAUUUCAGAGUGCAGGGUUCUCUGCAGCAUCUGAUGCAACUCGGGUCUCAAUUCUACUCGGUGUGCUGAAGUUAAUAAUGACCGGAGUGGCUGUUCUUGUCAUUGAUAGACUUGGAAGGAGACCCUUACUGCUCGGAGGUGUUUCUGGAAUUGUUAUCUCUUUGUUCCUUUUGGGAUCAUAUUACCUAUUCUUGGAUAAUGUCUGGAUUGUGGCUGUUGUAGCAUUGCUUUUGUACGUUGGCAGUUAUCAGUUAUCCUUUGGUCCUAUCGGAUGGCUAAUGAUAUCGGAGAUUUUCCCAUUGCGACUAAGAGGGCGGGGACUGAGUAUAGCGGUGCUUGUAAAUUUCGGUGCAAAUGCCUUGGUGACAUUUGCAUUCUCCCCUCUUAAGGAUUUGCUAGGAGCUGCAAUCUUGUUUUAUGCAUUUGGGGUGAUAGCAGUGAUAUCUCUUGGUUUCAUAUUCUUCGUUGUGCCGGAGACAAAGGGGCUUACUCUUGAGGAAAUUGAGGCUACUUGUCUUUAGGAAUUGCUGUGCUGCCUUCAAGUUAUAGUUAAAAACAGAUAUGUCACAUGUGGCUGUACUUGUAGAGUACCUAAACUUGGGAUUCUCGUCUAUUUUUUUAGCUAUCUAUAAUAAUAAACGAAAAGUGCUAAUUGUUUAGAGGAUGAGUUCAACAUGGACUACGUAGUGAUUUUUCAUCGA